UAAAAAUGAAUUUUUCCAAUUUUGACAACGCCUCAAGUUGUAUUGCUCUACCAAUUUGGAGCAGCUCAGACAUUAUCAGAGAACUAAAUGCAGUGUAUUGAACGGAUCAAAUAGAGCAGGAAGUACAGAGAAUUCAAAGUCUCUGCACUUGCCGAUGUUUGAAGUCACCAGAGAAGCUGAUUUCCCAAUACAAUAUUAAUGAAAUUGAAACAAAAACUUCUGAUAUUAAGAUCUUCCAGCAUAACUAUCAGGCAAGCAAUGAUGAAGAAGUAGUCCUUAAGCUGAAGAGUAGCAUAAAGCCCAACAAAUUAUUAACAAAGAAAAGAAGCCGCUUUUCAGCUAAGAACGAUAUUACAAGGCAACUUCUUAGCCUGAAAUGGAGUAUCCUCAAUGGUUAUGUGACUAGAUUUACUUCUUCGCAUAAGAAAUCUAAAAGUAUCCAUAAGAAGAAUCUCAGAAGACGUUCUGAAUACAUUGGUGUUUCCCGGAAUAAUACGAACUGGCAAGUCCUAGUCAACGUCAAUAAGGCUAAUAAAUAUAUUGGUACGUUUGGUGAAGAACUGCAAGCUGCCAGAGCAUACGAUUUGUACUCAGUUGCAAUGAGAGGAGAAGCAGGGUCACUAAACUUCACCUACAGUGCUGAAGAUAUGCUUGAGAGAAUCGAGUAUUACCUUGAGCACAAGUGCGUAAAAUUUGAUUAGUAAUAUUUAAUUAUUUUUUAAUGAGUUCACCAAGUUAUAA